UAAGGAUAAACUGUUUGAAACAUAAUUCAUUUUUCAGUGAUUGUCUAAAUGAUAUGAGAAUAUGAUUGUGUGUGUAGGACGCGGAUCUUAAACAUCAAGAAUUAGUAAACCCUAUUCAAAUUCUCAAAUCCAAUUACCUCUGAGAAUAUUGUGAUACCAGAGACUAUACAUAAGGAUAAACUGUUUGAAACAUAAUUCAUUUUUCAGUGAUUGUCUAAAUGAUAUGAGAAUAUGUGUGUGUAGGACGCGGAUCUUAAACAUCAAGAAUUAGUAAACCCUAUUCAAAUUCUCAAAUCCAAUUACCUCUGAGAAUAUUCGGAUACCAGAGACUAUACAUAGUGUAAACUGUUAAUUAAAGACUAAACUAUUAUCAGGAUAAACUGUUUACUGGCAAUUACUUCUCCUGGGAUAGGAGAAUAUUCUGUUCAUAAGGCUAGACUGUUUGAAACAUAAUUCAUUUUUCAGUUAUGUAUUUACUUGUCUACAUGAUAUGGGAAUAGUAUAAAAAAUAUAUUUGUGUAUUGUUCGAAUUUCUUGGGUUAGCUGUAAAAUUAACUGUACGGUGUGGAGGUUAUUUGGGUUAGUGGUCGAACUGCCUGUAAUUCAACUGUUUGUAGAAUGAUUGGGUUAGUGUUCGACGUUUCUGAUUUACCAGCCAAAAAUGAACGUAAUCAGCCAACAAUGAACAUAAUUAGCCAACAAUGAACAUAAUUCAACUGUUUGUAGAGGAAUUGUGUUAGUUUUCAACAUUUUUGAUUGACCCAGCCAAAUGAACGUAAUCAGCCAACAAUGAACAUAAUUGAACUGUUUCUAGAGUAAUUGGGUUAAUGAACGUUUUCAACUAUCAACGUUUUCAACGAUCAACGUCUUCAACGUUCAACGUUUUCAGUUGAAGUGGCAAAAAUGAACGUGAUCCAACUGUAUGUAGCGUAGUGUGUUUGUAGUUUUCGGUGGAACGGCUAAAAUGCACUUAAUUCAACUGUAAAUUGUUUGUUAAGUGUCAAAGAUGGAUGUGAUUCAAGCCUGCACAGACACCAGUGAUUUGGUGCAGCUGUUUUGUCCCAACAAGCUCCACCUGAAGCCGAUUGCACGCCUCAAUAUAUCCGUGCAAAUUCCAACAACCAAGCUGCCCGGUAAGACGAUAUCCAACACCGAGGUGAUGGACAAACUGAAGUACUGGGCGGUCCCGGACGAGUUCACAUCCCUCAGGGUCACCAAGAGCACGCUGGAGUUCAUCAGAUUCGAGGCAGAGAUCGAGAGCAGGGGCAAGUUGACGGCGGUGCUGGCGCGGUUGGACGGCAGAUCGAUCAAGAUAUCAGGCUUCAGCGAGUCAUUGAAGGUUCGCGCCGCAGAAGCUCCACCCGACUUCCCCACGAGACACGCGUGGGACUCCUACUUCCGCGACGCCAAGCACAUGAACGAGAUGAAACCCGGCGAGCGACCCGACACCGUCAAACUCUCCAAUCUGCCCUGCAAGUGGUUCACCACUCGUAGUGACCCGUCGCAACCCAGCGAGUACAUCGUGAAGAAGGUUUUCGAACAGUACGGAGAAGUUAGAGGGGUUGAUAUUCCUCUAGUUGACCCCUAUCGAAGGCGCAUGCGCUCCAAUAUCUCUGGUAUCUCUAUGUUUUCGCACAGUGAGAGCGCAGUCUUCGACGCCUAUGUUCAGUUCAAGGAGUAUGUGGCGUUCGUGAAGGCGAUGGAUGCCUUUAGAGGAAAAAAACUCGUGCAUAUGCCGGAGCCUGGGAAUGCUUUCUCGGCUACCAUCAAGGUUGAUUUUGAUAAGACAAAGCAUAUGAGCGACUCUACGAUAAAGAGGAGACGAAUAGAAAGAGAGAAGCUGAUAGCUGAGGAUAACGAGAAAGAAGAAGAGGAACGAAGAAAAUCGGAGAAGAUUCAGGCCGAGAAAGAAGCUGAAAGACAACAGAAGCAGAAAGAGAAGGAGGAUAAAUUGCAGCGCAGGAGAGAAAGAGAGAAGAAGCGCAAACUACGACAACUGGAAAAGAUGCGCGCAAAAGAGGCGCAGGAGAUGAACGCUAAGAUCGCCUCGGAGGAGAGACUGCUGAUAAUGGCUCAGCGAAAACUAGAAACUAUCAGACUGCUCGGCGAGCUCAUCAAGAAAGUUGAGGAGGACUCAAAACUAAAACUGCAGGAGGCAUCUGGAAAAUCGGCGAAAUCUAGACCUUACAAAGGUACAUAUACCAGGACACAAGACGAUGUAGCAAUGCUCAAGGAACUUGAAUUGAAACAGAAACUGGUGAAGAAAUUGAAGAUUGAAAGAGAUAGAAAAUCGAGAUCAAAAAAUGCGCUUGGAACUGCAGCAAAUACCUUGGAUACAAAUCUGCUGAAUUUGGCCACCUCUUCAAUUUCUUCAUCUGAAUCGUCUCUGCUCAGCAUUUCUGACGGUGACAUUGAAGAUCAUCUCGCUAAAGAUAAAGUGACAAAACUAAGAAACGCCAACGAAGUGGAUACAGGUGAACAAAUGGCUCCCAAAGUGGGAAUGGCUCCCCAGUUUGGAAUGCCACCCAACCAAUGGUACGGCACUCCCUUCAAUGGCGGCCGAGGUGGACGAGGUGGCGGCGGCCAUUUUGGAUUUCCGUUCGGGAGAAUGAUGCCACCGCAGAUGAUGGUGGAUCGAGGAGGCAGAGGAUUCUUCCCACGCCGACGAGGAUUCAGGUGGCCAAGGUUCCCUCAUCGGGGACGUGGCGGAGGCUUCUUUCAUCCCUAUAUGGAUCCAUCAUACAUGGACGUUAACCAUCAGUACUAUAAAUACUUUCAAAAGUUGACACAUGGCCGGACGUCAAGGUCAAAGUCAAGGUCAUACUCACGUUCAAGGUCACGCUCCUACUCUCGAUCAAGGUCAAGGUCUAGAAGAAGAUGGAGCUCUGGAAGUAGAUCACGUUCAAGGUCCAGGAGACGUAGCAGGUCGGGGAGUCGGUCAAGGUCAAGAAAUCGCUCAAGGUCACGAAUUCACUCUUCCAGAACAAGAAGCCGGUCGAAAUCUUCCCGGAAGCAUUAUUCAAGGUCAAAGUCACCAAGAAAGCAUUCAAGGUCUAGAAGUAGGUCGAGGUCGUCGAGAAAUCGUACUAAAAGUAGGUCAAAGUCACCAAGAAAUCUUUCUAAAAGUAGGUCAAAGUCACCAAGAAAACGGUCUAAAAGUAGGUCAAAGUCACCAAGAAAUCUUUCUAAAAGUAGGUCAAAGUCCCCAAGAAAUCGUACUAGAAGUAGGUCGCCAAGAAAUCGUAAUACAAGUAGGUCAAAGUCGCCAAGAAAUUGUACUAAGAUUAGGUCAAAGUCACCAAGAAAUCGUAAUACAAGUAGGUCAAAGUCACCAAGAAAUCGUACUAAGAUUAGGUCAAAGUCGCCGAGAAAUCAUACUAAGAUUAGGUCAAAGUCACCAAGAAAUCGUACCACAAGUAGGUCAAAGUCACCAAGAAAUCGGUCUAAAAGUAGGUCAAAGUCGCCAAGAAAUCAUACUAAGAUUAGGUCUAAGUCACCAAGAAACCGUUCCAGAUCAAGUAGUAAGUCAAAGCCACCUCGUAAACGUGGCUCAUGGUCCAGAAGCAGUUCAAGAUCGCGACGUGGCAACUCAAGGGCGUGGUCUUCACGCUCCAAAUCACCACCUCAACAGCCUGCAAAUCGCAACGAUCAACGAGAAACCAGUCCCAAACUGAACACAGACCCACCAGUUGCCGGUCGGUCAAAAUGCAACGAUCAAAGAGAACCCAGUCACAAACUGAACACAGUGGCCGGUCGGUCUAGAUCCCGAUCGUGGGAGGGAUCUCGGAAACAGCAGGCCUGUCCUAGAGUGGCGACAGUUGCUGAUAGUACCACAGAUGCUCAAGCAGGUGACAAACAGAUUGGCACUGUUGAAACUAUUCAAACCUCCGAUAGGAAGCAACACCACAAGAAGAGCAAAGACCGUGAAAAGAAGAAGAAGAGUAAGAAAGAGAGAAAAGACAAAACGAAGAGAAUGCAUGUUGGUAAGAGUGAGGAGGUAGAUUCAAAGAUAACCACUAAAGUGGCAGCCAUUCCAUUGAAGAGACCCAAGUCCAAUGUGAGACAGGAAAAGGAAGAAGAAAAUUCGAGAAAAGGAGACGAAAAGAAACGUAGGAUAUCUCCGAUUCGGUUUCCCAUCGAAUCGAAAGUUGUCAAAUCCAAUUCGCCUCCGAGGAGAGAUCCAGUAGAGCGGCAACUCGGCAACGUCGCAGAGAGACGUAGCAACGUCGCAGAGAGACGUAGCAACGUCGCAGAGAGACGUGACAACGUGGCAGAGAGACGUGACAACGUGGAGAAGAGACCUGUUCCAGUUGACCACAUGCAUUUUCAACCGGUGCGCAGAAAUUCUGACAAGACUGACAAUAUUAGACUAGGUUCACGACAUAGAAGAAGAUGAUGUAGGUUGAAUUUGUUGAGAUGUUUUAACUCAAAACAGUGAAAAGUUUGUAGAAUUUAGACAUUGAAAACUUUGAUGGAGAAGAUGAUGUAGUAAUUAAAAACUUUGAUGAAGAAGGUGAUGUAGGUUCAAUUUUGUUAACACGUUUUAAUACAAAACAGUGAAAAGUUUGUAGAAUUUAGGAAUUAAAAACUUUGAUGAAGAUGAUGUAGGAAUUAAAAACGUUGAUGAAGAAGAUGAUGUAGUUUCAAAACUUUGAAAAAAGUUCAAACUUUGUAGGAAUUAAAAACUUUGAUGAAAAAGAUGAUGUAGGUUCAAUUUUGUUCAGAUGUUUUUAUACAAAACAGUGAAAAGUUUGUAGAAUUUAGGAAUUAAAAACUUUGAUGAAGAUGAUGUAGGAAUUAAAAACUUUGAUGAAGAAGAUGAUGUAGUUUCAAAACUUUGAAAAAAGUUCAAACUUUGUAGGAAUUAAAAACUUUGAUGAAAAA